UGGUCCAGGCUGGAUUAUUUACAGACCGCCGUCAUAUAGCAUGACUAUUGCUGCGUGCGGCGUUAAACAACAAACAAACACACAUUUCAUCAUCUGAACAAUAGGUUUCCCUCAGUGUAGAUAACCUGCAGGGUUCACAAUUCAUACGUUUUUCUUCAUUUUCACUCUUGAAAUGUAAAUGAGUAAUUUAUAUAUUAACCCACUUACAACUUGGAAUAGCGGAUUAUCCUUCUCCCGUAAAUGACUGCUGUAAGACCUUCGACAUAGACUCGUGCUUAACACCAUUUAUUCAAUCAGGACAUACAAUUCCUAUGACUAAUGUGCUAUUUUAGGUUGACUUGAGUACACAAAACAUGUUAACAUAUGGAUAUCAUGCAAACUUCUUUGGAACAUAUUUGAUGAUACUCAUUUUCUGCAAGAUUAGUGAGUGAGUCGGGUUUAACACCGUUUUAAAUAUUAUUCCAGUUAUAUCACGGCGUGUCAGUUUCAAUGGGAGGAAAGACCGAGGUGAUGCAGGUCACAGAGGUUUACCACUUCGGUGAAACCCACGAGCACGGGUAUGGUGCUGACAAACCUAGAAAAUAUAUCGAGGCGAACCGCUAUUCGAGCCCACAAUCAUAGGUCUUUGGCGUGCACAGGGGACGCAACUCUGCACAGCGAAUUGCGGCGCCUUAGACAACUGGACCACUUAAUCCAGACGAAGAACUCAUGCAGGGUUGCUGAUCUUCUCAACACACUGCACCCAAACUCGAUGCCGUGGUCGUUAAGAUAGCCUCUCCCGGAGUCUGGGAGUGUGAGUCUGAUUUGAUAUGGCACUUUGCUUGAUCGGCACUCAGAAUCAACAUUGACAUUGAGAUUAUGUCCCACAUCCUUGGCUCGUUUAAAAAAACUGCGGAAUGCCUCGUUUUCAUCUUGAGUCUUGACAUGCUUCACAAGAGGAUCAUCAGACAAAUAGAUGUGUGCAAAAGUGAACAUUACAAUACUAUCACGAAGAGCCUCCACGUAAAUUAAACCACGCCUUGUUCAUCGUAGGAGGGACUGUCAUUCUCUUAUAUGAAGUCGCAUACAUGUGUCACCGAUCAGAAAAUAAACAUGUAGUCCCAAUACAACCAAGGAUCAUUCCUACAACAACGCCGGUACUGUGCGAGAGGAUGAGUUCUGAUGGUGUGACGUUCCAAUCCAAUAUGUUGUGGCGACUUUCAAGUAAAAUAUUUUUAAUCAAAAUGCCGAUUUAUUCAAACAGGCAUCGAAAGAAUUGAAACUUUACAGCUAUUCGGGUUCAUUCUACAUGUACACCCACGUAGACUCCGCGUUUAGAAGUGAUUACAUUUUCUGCUACAAGAUAUUGGGUGCAGUGAAUGGAGUUUUCUUGUGUGGCGUAAAUAUUACAGUGACGCCGUGGUUUGGAAAAUGUAGCCUAAGGAGUCUAAGGAGUUAAAGGCAUAGUAAAAUUAGCAAAGAAACCUGUCUCCCCACUACCUGCCCCUUGCAAGGUAUCACCGCACACCGCUGUAUAAAGAUCCAUGCAUUAUGAAGAGUUAUAAUAUACCGACAGUGAAUAUAAUCGUCUUUGCGAGGCGGGUCGCGACCCUUUGGCGUGAUAGAAACCCGUGGGCUUGUGGGACCUGAAUAUUCGACCUAUUUCUAUAGGUUUGUCAACACACUGUGUUCAUGGGCUUCACUAGGACACACGUCUGAGAUCUGCAUCACUGCAUCCAACACUGGCUGAUACACUGUGACACAAGUCCAUGCAGCUCACUGCUGCCUGUCUCAUCAGCUAUGGCUCGUCAGAAGGACACUGGCUGGGCCUGGGUGUGCGUGCUGGGCUCGUUCUACAUCCACUUCAUUGUGUUUGGACUCAUGCAGUCAUUCGGCGUCAUAUACGUGGAGCUCCUGGAUCAGUUUAAAAGUUCUCGGGGUGAGACAGCCUGGAUUGGAUCUCUUCUCAGUGGCCUCGUCCUACUGCUUGGACCCGUGGGGGUGGUCGUCCUUGGACUGCUGGGAACUCGAGCGACAGCCGUACUGGGGGCUGUGUUGGCGUGUGUAGGCUGCAGUGUCAGUUUCCUGGCUGACAGUCUGCUCUUCCUGUAUCUCAGCUAUGGCGUCCUCCAAGGUUUAGGCUUCAGCCUGCUGUAUAUGUCGGCUGUUGUCAUCACGAACCAGUAUUUUGAGAAACGACGGUCUUUGGCCAACGCCCUUGGGUCUGUUGGAGGAGGUCUUGGAACACUAGUCAUUCCCCCUCUUCUGCAGGUGAUGAUGUCAGAGUACUCCUGGAAGGGGGCGUUGUUGAUUACAGGUGGGCUUGUCCUCAACUGUGCAGUGUUUGGGGCACUUUUCAGGCCGUUUUACACCAGGCAGGAACUCAAAUAUAUGAAAACCCAAUCAAGAACAUCAGAUGGAGACACAAGGGAGACUGCCAGGGCCUGCUCUCGUGCAGCUUUCUGCUUCCAAGUCAAAUCCAUCUUCUCAACGUUCACCAACAUCAGAUACACCGUUUAUGUUGUUGGAGCCGUGAUCGGGGCUUUUCCUUACACCAUCCCAUUUAACCAUCUCCCAGACCUGGCAAAUGAUCUGGACAUCCCAGAAGAAAAAUCAGCGUGGCUGAUAUCAGUCAUCGGUAUAGCCAGCCUGGUGGGACGCUUGAUAUUUGGUCGGAUAUCCGACAUCCCGUGUGUCAACAGAGUGGCUUUCUUUGCUUCAGCCAGUAUUCUGUGUGGUGCUGCCUCCAUGGCGUGUCCAAAGUUGGUGUCAUUUCCAACACUGAUGGCAUAUUCAGCGUUCUUUGGGAUAUUCUUGGGUAUCUGGAUGUACCUCCAACCAGUUGUUGUGGCAGACAUCAUUGGUGUAGACAAACUCAGUGAAGGAUUCGGACUCCUCAUCUGUUUGGAAGGAGUCGUCGUCUUCCUGGGAUCACCGUUUGCUGGCUGGUUGUACGAUUUGACCGGAGACUACGCCAUAUCAUUCUAUGUCACUGGGGCCUGGUAUAUCGUAGGAGGCAGUAUCAUUCUCUUGUAUGAAGUCGUACACAUGUGUCGCCGAUCGGAAAGUAAACAUUCAUAUAGUCCCAAUACAACCACGGAUCAUGUCUAUGACAACGCCGGUACUCUGAGAGAGGAAGAGCUUUGAUGGUUUGACGUUCCAAUCCAUGAGUUACGCUAUGGCAUUUUUCUAGUAAAACAGUUUUAAUCAAAA